AUGGUGACAGUUGCUGGGGAUAUCGCAGCCGUCAACAAGUCCGUCUGUUCCGCUAAGGACAAAUGGGAGAAGAUUGGGUCUGGUUUGGGACUCAGUCCUACCACUCUUGAGCAAAUCGGGACGGAUAAUCACGGUGAUCCUGCCAAAUGUCUUUACGCCACAAUUUAUAAAUGGCUGCGUGGGAUGGAUAAAGCCAGUGAAAGGGGGAUCACAUGGAGAGCGUUAAUUCGUACCCUGAAGACUGCAGAAGUUGGUGAAGUAGAUGUGGCCGAACGUCUUAUGGCUGAGAAAGGACUUGUGCCCUCUGCACUGCCUGCUGUAAAAAAGCCACAAGUUUCAGUACCACUUGAAGAAGAGGAAUUCAAAGACAAGAUUGAACUUGGCCUGCAAGACCUGGAGUGGCUUAUAACCAACCUAGAGGAAAUGGCACCUGGCUGGUUCUUUUUUGGCUUAAGGCUAAAGGUGGAGUAUAUUCGUUUGGAAAUAAUCAAGAAAAACAAUCCAAGCGACUGUGUUGCCUGUCUGAGGGAAACACUUGUCUGCUGGCUCAAUCAAAACCCAAAUGCUGGCCAGCUGGUAAAAGCUCUCGAAGAGAAUAAGAAAUUAUUGAAGCACAUCAAGCAAAGUCUCAGCCAGUGUGACCACAGAAAAGAAUUGCCACCAGUAACAGCAGGAAACACCCUGGAGAUUUACCUAAGAAAGUUCUACUGCAACUCCCCGCAACUUGGUGGAACAACCACGUGGCCACCCACACUGAAGGUUGAAUAUAUCAACCUUAAACUUAUAUCGCAAGACCAAAUUAGCAGUGCCAAACACCAGAAGAAAAUAGCAGGGCUUGCUACACAAGGUGAGCUUGGUGCAGCCUUAAAUCAGAGCAAAGAACUUGCUCUUGAGGAUAUUGCCAAUUACCCUAGUCCUCGAAAAGUGAUCAUUAUAGAAGGGGCUCCUGGAAUUGGUAAGACCACACUUGCCUACAAGCUCUGCCUAGAUUGGGCUAACCGGAAAUUGCUUACAGAGUUCUGGCUAGUUGUUUAUAUUCCCCUUCGAGACCGUCUUAUGAGGGUUACUGAAUCUGUAAAUGACCUUCUCCGUUACUUUGGAGACAGCUCCCCAGAAGGUCCUGAAUUUAUUAAACGUAGCCAGGGCAAAGGGAUACUCUUUGUUCUGGACGGUUGGGAUGAGCUGCAGAUGUCUUGUCGCCUGCCAGACAGCUUUUUCCCUAAACUCGUUCAAGGAAAAUUUUUACCUCAAAGCAGCAUCGUCAUCACUUCUCGUCCUGGAGCAUUUGAUUGCGAUAUACGUCAAUACGCUAAUCGUCUGAUCGACAUACUUGGUUUUACAGAAGAGCAGGUAAUGCAGUACAUACGGUCAUAUUUCAAACAGUAUGAAGAUGAAGGUGCAGCACAGAAGCUUAUCGAUGAAUUACAGACGUAUCCAAACAUAGCCAGCACCUGCUAUGUAGCCAUCAACUUAACUAUAUUGUGUUAUGUUUACCUUGCCUCUGACUUUCACCUUCCUCUUACUCUCACUGAAGUGUACGAACAGUUUGUGUUACAUGCAAUCAAGCGCCAUUUCAAGAGGCUAGCUGAAAUCGAUGACCCCAACAAGAUCAAUACAGAAGGUGUUAUUGGUGUUCGGGCAGUUGCUGGUUUUGAUGAGUCUGUGACAAGGGUUUUGAAAGGCCUUGGAAAGUUGGCAUUGGAAGGAAUUGAGUGUGGCGAUCUAAGUUUCACCAGAAGAAGAGUCACUGGUGCAUGCCUUCUUAACGACACAGAAGAAUUUGAUGGUUUUGGACUGCUAAAAGUUCUCCUUCUGUUUCAAAUCCACGGAACUGAACGCAGCUAUCAUUUUAUGCACUUGACCGUGCAAGAAUAUCUUGCUGCCUACACUGUUUUCCAAAUGGAUGAACAACAACAAGGUGCUUGGUUGGGAAAGAAUCUUACUAACAGCUCCUGCGAGAAAGUGAUCAAAUUCUUCUGUGGGAUGGACCGGUUCAAGUCACGCCCUGCAAAGGUCCUCUUUAUUCACGCUACCACUCCUUUCGAACUGGAAUGCGUAUUUGAAGGUCAGUGGGAAGACUUUUGUCAGAAAAUAGCCGAAAAAAUGUGCAAUAAGCUCUCCAUUACCCAUAUGAGACAUGUCGAACCUUACCAGGCUCUUGUAUAUGGUUAUGUGAUGACAAAAUCAAAAACCCAGUGGCAUCUUCAGUGGAGCAACUGCAUUGUUGAAGAGCAUGUGCUGAAAGGCAUGAGCCGACACUUGCUUAAGUCCCCAACAGCUCUUACACAGAUCUCAAUGACACGUAGUACUUUUGCCACACAUAAAGCUGUAGUAUUGUUCUCAGAACUCAUUCAGUCACAAGUAGAUCUUUUCGAGCUCUCAGUCACUGGAGUGAAACUAGACGAAGAUAGCUUCAGCGUAAUCUGCAAAGCACUUGAAAAUAAACCGACUUUGAAAGCUAUCGAUCUUUCUAAGAAUGGCCUUUCAGAGAGAAGCUCUGCGGAACAUAUUGCUUCAUUGCUACCCAAACUGCCUUCACUUCAGGCAUUAGAUGUUAGUAACAACCACCUAGGAGAAGAUGGCUGCCGGAUUAUUCUCCAGGCUGCAGCUAACAGCACGUCUCUUGAAAAACUUUGCCUACCAAAGCCACAAAGUGACUCACUUUCAGUAUACAUUGGUGAACUUAAUGCUAAAAGGAAGGAGAAAGACUUGGUAAUUUCUUUCAUUUGAAGUCUUUUCCCUUAUACUUCUUUCAUUGGGACACUUUUUCAACUCUUCUCAUGUAACACUUUCUCAGAUUUUUUAUGACGAACUUUU